AUGACGUCACUGAAAGGAAAGGUGUGCCUGAUAACAGGGGCGAGCAGGGGUAUUGGCGCAGCAACAGCCAUUCGGUUUGCAUCUCUUGGUGCUAAGCUAGCUCUUACUGACAGAGACUUUGCUGCCCUCAAGAAAACCAAGCAGCUGUGUGUAGUAAAGGGACUCGCAGAGAACGAGGUGUUCCUCAGUGUUGGAGAUUUAGCUGUUGAUGCAGAUCUAAAGAGAGUCUUCAAUGAAUGCACUUCGUAUUACAACGGCACGCUGGAUGUCUUGGUGAAUAAUGCAGGAAUAUACGUUACUGGAUCAGUGUUAAACACUAGCAUAGAAACGUUUGACAAAAUAAUGAACACUAACACAAGGCCCGUGUUCUACCUGACCCACCUGGCGGCUCCAUUCCUCAUAGAAACAAAGGGAGUCAUAGUAAACGUUUCUUCUCUUGCUGGAUUAAGAUCAUCCCCGGAGGUCAAUGCCUAUUCUAUGUCAAAGGCUGCAAUAGAGCAAUUUACUUGCUGCACAGCUCUCGAUCUGGCUAGUAACGGAGUGAGAUGCAACGCUGUAAGUCCCGGUUCUAUAAAGACUGAUGCACACAAUCGCGAAGGAUUAAUGGAUGACGAAGCAUUAGCUGCGUAUUUCGAGAAACGCUCAACGCUGCAUCCAUUGGGACGAGUUGGUGAGACACACGACGUUACCAACGCCAUCGUGUUUUUGGUUAGCGACGAUUCGUCGUUCAUGACAGGUGUGACAAUGUUUGUUGACGGAGGCAGAUGCGUCACCACGCGUUAACAUCGGUCACCGGUAUUUACGUUACCAUAGAAACCGGCUCGUG